UUUGAGAUACUGUGGCUGACACUGUGCCAGUUUCACAACCCCAUAGAGAUUGAGGUAAGGGUUCUUUUUUAAUUAAAGGUGGACUCUGCAAUACGACGGCAUCAUUAGUCAGUGGGGCAUCUUCCUGCUUACAGACAUCGACAAAAGAAUGUGAGGAAAUGGAGAAACGGAAGAUGGAUGGGGGAUAUCACUUUUUUUUUUUCUCCCUUCAGUACCUACCUCUCUACACUCCUUCAGAGGAAGAGAAGAACAACCCUGCUCUGUUCGCCAACAAUGUCAGACGCAUCAUGGCCAAGUUAGUACUGUGUAUGGCCUCCCAGGUUACAUCAAGCUUUUACAUUGAGUUUACAUCUGUCUAUCUGUGUUUCUUGUGCUUCUCGAAAUGCCCGCCACAUAUACAGUAUAUCUGACAUGUCAGGGGCGGGUCCUGGCCGCGCUCUCUGUGCUCUGAUAGGGCCCUGGAGCUGCCCAUCACAGACCUGUCGUUUGAUGACUGCCAGCUGAGCCUAGCAAAGGGCCCGCUGCGUGUCCCUAGCAACAGCAGCCUACUGCAGUUCAAUAGACUAGCGCGAAGGCUUGGGUGAGUUGGAGUUUACUUUACUAUUGUUCGUUCAGCAUUAUUACAGGUCCUUAAAAAUACUGAAUUGUUUUGCUGUUUAUAACAAAACAUUGAUGUUGAAUAAAUAAGAAUAUUUCAAAAUUCUAUAAAUGUUUAUUCCAAUGUCUUACAAUCAAUUUACGUUUAAGUGUCUGAAUGGGUAGGUAGGGUAUGAGCGAUCUCCUGUACCUCGUUGUGUGACAUUUAAGGAUGUCAUAUCGGGGACUGAUGGUUAUACUGGGAAAAUAAUACUGGGUUUACUGGGAAAUACUAAGACUAAUACUAGUGGGUUUACUGGUCGAACUGGGAAAUACUACUGGGUUUACUGAUCAUACAGGGAAAUACUACUGGGCUGACUGAUAAUACUGGGAAAUAUUACUGAAAUACUACUGGGUUUUCUGAUAAUACUGGGAAAUACUACUGAAAUACUACUGGGUUUACUGAUAAUACUGGAAAAUAGUACUAAGGAAACAGGCAGAUCUGUGUCAAAUGGAUAUGUUGAAUACUUUUAGAUACUAGAAAGUACAGUAUUUCAUUGAGAUGUACUUGAUUUAGCCAUUAAACCAGUGGUUUUCAAACUUUUUCAGCAGGGACCCCAUUUGUUUGCUGGCAGAAAUGUUGCAGACCCCACGCUAAAUCUAAUGACAACCUUCAAAUCAGUCAAUUUAGAUUUUCACAUCAACAAAUAACCUUAAAUUCAUUACAUUUUCAUCUCUCCUAUCAAAACUAAGAGAAAUACAUUUACUCAAUACAAUUUUAUUUUUCUAAUUAUCUUUCUCAAUAACAUUUGUAUAUUAUUCCAUAAAAUAAUCUGCACCCUUGGCCUGACUGCAGUUCGGUAUCAUAACUGACUUCAGUGGGCAAAUGCUCACCUUCGGUGGCCACUGGCACGCUGGAGAAGUGUGCUCUUCACGGAUGAAUCUCGGUUUCAACUGUACCGGGCAGAUGGCGCCCACAGAUGGCGUCGUGUGGGCGAGCGGUUUGCUGAUGUCAACGUUGUGAACGGAGUGCCCCAUGGUGGGGUUAUGGUAUGGGCAGGCAUAAGCUACAGACAACGAACACAAUUGUAUUUUAUCGAUGGCAAUUUGAAUGCACAGAGAUACCAUGACGAGAUCUUGAGGCCCAUUUUCGUGCCAUUCAUCCGCCGCCAUCACCUCAUGUUUCAGCAUGAUAAUGCAUGGCCCCAUGUCGCAAGGAUCUGUACACAAUUCCUGGAAGCUGAAAAUGUCCCAGUUCUUCCAUGGCCUGCAUACUCACCAGACAUGUCACCCAUUGAGCAUGUUUGGGAUGCUCUGGAUCGACGUGUUUGAGAGUGUUCCAGUUCCCGCCAAUAAAGCAACUUCACACAGCCAUUGAAGAGGAGUGGGGCAACAUUCACAGGCCACAAUCAACAGCCUGAUCAACUCUAUGUGAAGGAGAUGUCACACUGCAUGAGGCAAAUGGUGGUCACACCAGUUACUGACUGGUUUUCUGAUCCAUGCCCCUAUCUGUGUAUCUGUAUUCCCAGUCGUGAAAUCCAUAGAUCAGGGCCUAAUGAAUUUUUCAAUUGAUUGAUUUCCUUAUAUAAACUGUAACUCAGUAAAAUCUUUGCAAUUGUUGCAUGUUGCGUUUAUAUUUUUGUUCUGUAUGUGUGUGUGUAUAUAUAUAUAUAUAUAUACACACACACAAAUAAAAUUUGCGACCCCACUGCAAUUCCCCCGUCGUGACCCCAACUUUGAAUACCACUUCAUUAAAUGGACUAAACCAAGCUUCUAGCCACAACCCUGGACAGUAGUGGGAAAUGUAGUUCUUAACCAUGUGUUUUCUAUGUGCAGGCUGAGAGCAGGGACUACAGAUACAGUGUUACAGCAGCAGGCUAGCAGAGCCAGGAACGUUUGGGGAUACAGACUGGGAUUAGAGGACUUUGCUCAGUACCUCAACCUAUCUGUAACGGACAUGCUCACAGAGUUACACAGCCUAUUCAACCAGGUAGGUAUCCAACACACACUGCGCAUAACUCACAUACCGGCAGUAUCCUACACACACAUUAACACACACUGCUUUUAUUCAUGAAAUCAAAUCAAUCAAUCAAUUUAGUAGAAAUAAAUAACCAUCAGUGUUCUUCUCUUUCUCUCUAUUCCGCUUUCUCUCGUCUGUUCUCUCUCCCUCUUUCUUUCUGAAGCAUGGAGAUGGCCAGAUAGAUGUCAGGGAGUAUGUGAUAGCCCUGUCUGUGGCGUGUCAACCCUCUAAAGCCAUGGACACCCUCAGGCUGGCCUUUGGAGUGAGUGACGGGCAAUGAAGCAACAUAACAGUUCCUAUGAAGCACUAUAAGAGCCCUAUGUCUGCUAUUAUUAGGCACUAUAAUAGCCUCAUGCCUGUUACUGUGAAACAUUAUAAAAUACCUAUGUCUGCUCUAUAAAGUGUUAUAACUGUCCUAUGUCCAGAUGUACGAGGCGAAGGAGGACGGGGCGAUCGUGGAAAAGGAGCUGGCGUCUAUUAUGAGAACGGCGUUGGGAGUAGCGGAGGUUGACGUCACAGAGUUGUUCUCAGCAAUCGACACACUUGAAGCGGGGAAGAUCACACACGGUGAAAUCACACACUAACACCCUUGCCUUUCUUGUGCUCACACUUGUCUUUUCUUACUAGCACUGACAUUGCUGAUAGUUGCUUUAUUGAGGAAAAAGUUUUACUUACUAUGAUUGUGAUAUGUGGUUGUGUCACCUAGCUACUUUAAGUUGAAUGCACAAAAUGUAAGUCACUCUGGUUAAGAGCGUCUGCUAAAUGACUAAAAUGUAAUGUAAUCCAACUAACGGGUUCACGGUCAACCCUGCCAUUACAAUCUCUCUCUGUUUGACCUUCCCUCUCUCUAUAUCCGUUUGUAGAUGACUUCUGUCGGUUCGUGGUGCAGCACCCAGACUUUGCUCAGGAGUACCUCCUCUCCUCCAGGGAAACCCCCUCUAUCCCCCACACCGUCCCCCUGACCAAUGGGUUCAGUGUGGACCAUUAUGACACAGAGGAGCAGACCUGCAGCCUCCCUGGACAGAAGAGGAAAGAAGAC